AUGAACUCGCUGAACAUCCUGUCAUCGCGAGUCAUUGGCCAGUCUUCCAGCUCUACGCGCCCACGAUCGCACUCCCAAAGCGAGAAAAAGCGUGCAGCUCCGCCUAGUGACCUCGCAAAAUUUCGAUCCUAUAGCGAAGAUAAUUUCCGGUCUAGCCUUAUCUCCGAAAAAGGCUAUGACGGCAGCGCAUCGUUCGACGGCGACGGAGAAGAUACGCGACAUUCAUUUGACGAAGAAACAUCCUUAUUACAUGACUCGCAACAUGAUGGCACCAUCGUGACUAAAAGCAAAAGCACCUGGCGACUUUCCACCAAGCGCAUCUUCGAUGCGAUCACCGAAACCAUCCGGUUCAUUCUAUCUACGCUUGCUGCACCUGGUGUGUAUAUCGCUCAAUGGUUCCAAAACGACGACGGUCAUUAUUCGCUUCUUGCCCCGGUGAGGAAAAUCUGGAGGACAUCUGCCGAAUCUAGGGUCCGAUCGGUUAAAGGGCCCUCUCGGGUAGAAGGUCGGCGACGGAGUGGCUCCACCCGCAAGUUGAAACCUCAAGCAUCCCGAGACUCGGUACUAUCCACAACAUCCGAAUCGGAUAUAGAUCGAAGAGGCAUCAAAGAACUUACGAGUGCGAAGACUCGACCGCAUAAAACAGACCACAGCCAGGAGCAUGUUCGACAAGAGAGCACACCUCGUCGAUCUAUACGGAUCAAACUCAAUAAUGAGGAAACACUUAAUAGACAAAGGCAAAGACGAACGCAAAGCACUGAUUUUGCCGCACCGAUGCCAGAGGGUGUGAGUCGGGUUCAGGGGGCCAUCAAUUUGGACAAUCUGAAGUCCCCACUGUCCCCAUCUGUUCAUCGCAUUACGAAAUACCCACACUCUCCAAAUCCGCCACGACCUCUUCUCCCCCAACGAUUGCCUUCAUAUACAGCCGCUCCUCGCAAUGCCAGGCUGCCACAAAAGACUCUGGUGCUGGACCUUGAUGAGACCCUGAUCCAUUCGCUUUCAAAGGGUGGUCGUAUGUCUAGCGGUCACAUGGUUGAGGUCAAGCUUUACAUGCCCAUGACCACUUCCCUGGCCCCUGGCGGCCCGCAAACUACCCUGGGGCCACAGCAUCCCAUCUUAUAUUAUGUGCAUAAGCGGCCACAUUGCGAUGAUUUCCUCCGCAAGAUCUGCAAGUGGUACAAGCUGGUGAUCUUCACAGCCAGUGUGCAAGAGUAUGCCGACCCCGUCAUCGACUGGCUCGAGUCGGAACGCAAGUACUUUCAUGCCCGCUACUACCGACAACACUGCACACUCCGUAAUGGUGCCUACAUCAAAGAUCUGAGCUCCGUGGAACCGGAUCUCAGCAAAGUGAUGAUCUUGGACAAUAGUCCAAUGAGCUAUAUCUUUCACGAGGACAACGCGAUCCCUAUUGAAGGUUGGCUCAACGAUCCCACGGAUAACGGUCUGUUGCACCUAAUCCCCAUGCUGGAGGCAUUGCAAUAUGUCACCGAUGUUCGGGCACUGCUGGCUCUUCGCCGUGGCGAAAUCGAGUCAUAG